GAGAGAGAGAGAGCUGGGAGCUGUUCAGUUCUCCGUGAGCUGGAUACUGCGUGCGCUGAGAUUCUGGAGCUCGCGCGUGCGCGCGCGCACACACCAAACUGAGAGAGAGAGAGAGAGAGAGAGAGAGAGAGAGAGAGCUGAGAGAGAGGGAGGGAGAGAGAGAGCUGAGAGAGAGGGAGGGAGAGAGAGAGAGAGAGAGAGAGAGAGGAGGUGUUAGUGAUCAUCUGGAGGGCGCCACACACCGGACUUUAGCGAGGACGCGCGCGCACAAGAGCUGAAUUUUCUUUAAUUUUUUUAUGAUUUUUGUUUAGUUCGGAUGUUUGCGCGCGUGAAAAGUGUGUGUGUGUGUGUGUGUGAUGUUGAUAAGAUGAGAAGAGAGGCAUAUGGAAGCAGAACAUCAUCACCAUCAUCAUCAUCAUCAUCAUCACACACGCACCGGGGCUGCUGAACACACCGGACUGCGCUCGCGCUCGGGGUUUCCUCUGCUGCGCCGUGACCGUGUGUGAGAGUGUGUGUGUGUGUGUGUGUGUGUGUGUGUGAGAGAGAGAGAGAGAGAGAGAGAGAGAGAGAGUGUGUGUGUGUGUGUGUGUGUGAGAGUGUGUGUUUGAUGAGGGGGAGCUCCAGCGCCGGAUCUACACACAGCUCACAGCAACACAGCAGAGGAUCCUGAUUUGUUCUUUUAUUUCUCGGGAUUCUUUCAUUCUGAAUUUUGGAUAACUGACCGCGCAGGAGUGUGAUUACACACACACACACACACACACACACACUGACGGACGGAGCCGCUGUGAGUGAGAGGGCGAGUCUCCAUCCAUCCGGAUCAGAUUAACGAUGCCCCACAGUGUGAUGGACUUGGUGAUGUCGUCUUGGACAUCCCUCUUCCUCAUCCUCCUGUUCUUCUUCAUCACUCCAUCUCUCAGCUCCAUCAUGUACCACCUGCGAGAGGAGCAGCCGCCCAAUACGCUCGUCGGCAGUUUAGCGUCAGAGGGACUUCCUGAUUCCGGUCAUCUGUACAAACUGGAGGUGGGCGCCCCCUACCUGCGUGUGGAUGGGAAGACGGGUGAUAUUUUCACCACAGAAGUUCCCAUUGACCGUGAGACACUAAAAGACUGUCGCAACCUGUUUGAGGGCGAUCCCUGCUUCCUGGAGUUUGAGGUUUCCAUCACAGAUCUGAUGAAAGGUUCCGGGCCGCGGCUCAUCGAAGGCCGGAUCGAGAUUCAAGAUGAGAACGAUAACACGCCGCAGUUCUCAUCACCCAUCUUGUCUAUAUCCAUUCCUGAAAACACCCUUAUGGGGGCGCUGUUCCCCAUCCCUGUAGCCACCGAUAAGGACACAGGCAGUAAUGGAAUUGCAGAUUACUCACUAACGACGGGCUCCGAUGCAGCGUCUCUGUUCAGCCUCCAGGUGGCGGAAAAUGCGGACGAGAAAGUGCCACAGCUGAUCGUGAUGGGGACUCUGGACCGCGAACAGCGCGACUCGUACGAUCUCAACAUUAAAGUGGUGGAUGGCGGAAAUCCCCCACGCUACAGCAGCGCCCUCCUAAGGAUCACCAUCACCGACACCAACGAUAAUGUGCCCAAAUUUGAGCGAUCGCACUACGAAGGGGAACUUGCUGAAAACAGUCCCGUGGGUCACUCUGUCCUGCAGGUGAAGGCCAAUGAUGCUGACCUGGGAGAUAACGGCAUGGUCACAUAUGCCAUCUAUCAGCCACUGACCAUCGUGCAGCGCCUCCUCAGUAUCGACCGAAACACCGGCAUCAUCUACGUCAAAAGUCCAGUGGACCGUGAGGAAGUGAGUCUGCUCAAAUUCUAUGUCCAGGCCAGAGACAACGGCCCACAAGCCAAGAGCUCCAAAGCCCUAGUGACCAUCACAGUGAAGGACAAGAAUGACAACGCACCGUCCAUCAGAAUCCGCGGAUUUGCCCUGGUGGCUCACGAGGAUGGGAUUGCUAACAUUUCUGAGGACAUGCCUGUGGGAACUCCUGUGGCUCUGGUGGAAGUGACAGAUCGAGAUGAGGGUGAAAAUGCAGUGGUGACUUGUGUGGUGGCAGGAGAUGUACCUUUCCAGCUUCGUUCAGCGUCAGACACUGGAAGUCGGAGGAAGUAUUUCCUGCAGACCACAACACCGCUGGAUUAUGAACGGGUUAAGGAAUACAGGAUUGAAAUUGUAGCUGUUGAUUCAGGGAACCCGGCUCUUUCUAGCACCAACUCGCUAAAGGUCCAAGUAACAGAUGUGAAUGAUAAUGCUCCCGUUUUCUCUCCAUCUCUGUAUGAGGUGGAAUUUCCAGAGGAGAAUCAGCCAGGCGAUAAGGUUUUGGAUGUAGUGGCCACCGAUGCAGACAGCGGCACCAAUGCCGAGCUCACCUACAAUAUUAUCUUAGACUCAGCGAUCAAGGGGCUCUUUGAGAUCAACCGUAUUACGGGAGAGGUCAAAGUGAUGAACCAGUUAGACCGUGAACACAGAGAACGCUACGAGUUUCAUGUUGAAGCAUCUGAUAAAGGGGUUCCAAGCAUGAGAGGAACCGCAACAGUUGUGGUUAAUGUGCUCGACCGCAAUGACAAUGAUCCAAAGUUCAUGUUAAAUGGCUACAGUUUCUCUGUACUGGAAAACAUGCCUGCCCUCAGUCCAGUGGGAAUGGUGACGGUCAUGGAUGUUGAUAAAGGUGAGAAUGCUGAGGUUCACUUAUCGGUGGAACCAGACAAUGGCAAGUUUGUGAUUCAGAACGGCACAGGGACUAUCCUCUCGAGAAUUUCCUUUGAUCGGGAAAAGGAAAGCACCUACACAUUCCGUCUAAAAGCUGUUGAUGGUGGUGAUCCUCCUCGUUCCUCUUACGUGGGAAUUACAAUAAAUGUCCUUGAUGAAAAUGAUAAUGCGCCUUACGUCACCAAACCUUCCAACUCCUCAUACAAGUUCCUUCCACCACUGACAAGCCCUGAUACACGUGUGGAGAAAGUGGAAGCAGAGGACAUUGACAUGGGAUUGAAUGCUGAGUUAGACUACACCAUUGUGGGUGGAAACCCUCAUGGACUUUUCCGCAUUUCUCCAAUGGAUGGUGAGAUUAUGCUUGUCAAAGAAUUCACCCGGAAGCAUAAUGGCCUUCACCGUCUGGUCGUAAAAGUCAGUGACAAGGGAAAACCUGCCAAGCACACAAUAGCGCUGGUCCACAUCUUUGUAAACGAGACAAUCAGAAACGUCACACUGGUGGAAUCACUGGUUGGCCACAGUCUCUACACUCCUCUGGAAAGGGAUAUUGCUGGAGACCCAGAAUAUGCCCGCGUCCAGCAGAGCAACAUCGUAUAUGGAAGCCUUGCAGGGAUUACUGGGGUCAUCCUGGUCAUUGUGGUGGUGGUUGUUAUCCGGCACCGUCUGCAGAAGGAAGCCAAGAGUGGAUACCAAGCUGGAAAGAAAGAGUCCAAAGAUCUUUACACACCCAAGCAAGGAACCAAAAGUAGCAAGGGCAAAAAGGGCAAGAAGGGCAAGUCUCCAAAACCAGCAAAGUCCUUGGAGGAUGAUGAGGAGGCAAGUCUUCAGAAAGGCUUAAAAUUCAAUCUGAUUAAUGACAAUGAUAGUCCCAGGAUUCAUCUGCCCCUCAAUUACCCUCCUGGAAGCCCCGAUUUGGGGAGACACUACCGGUCAAACUCCCCUUUGCCCUCCAUUCAGCUGCAGCCACAAUCCCCUUCUGCUUCCAAAAAGCAUCAGGCUGUUCAAGAUCUUCCGGCUGCAAACACCUUCGUCGGGACCGGAGACAGCAACUCGACCGGCUCUGAUCAGUAUUCGGAUUACAGCUACAAGACCAACCCUCAGAAAUACAGCACCAAACAGCUGCCGCACCGCCGUGUGACCUUCUCAACAGCCAAUCAGGCGCAGGACCUGCAGGACUCCUCCCAGCACAGUUACUAUGACAGUGGAUUGGACGAAUCAGAAACACCAAGCAGUAAAAGUUCUUCAGGGCCGAGGAUCGGACCACUGGCACUGCCUGAGGAUCACUACGAGAGGACGACUCCAGAUGGCAGCAUUGGAGAGAUCGAACACCCCGAGAACGAUCUGAGGUCGCUUCCCGACGUGGCAAUGACGGGGAACUGUACUCGUGAGUGUAGUGAGUUUGGACACUCGGAUUCCUGCUGGAUGCCGUCACCGAACCGCAACAGCAAAAUCUCCAAGAGCGCAUCGAAACUCUCCACCUUCGUGUCUUACCAGGAGCGGGAGCCUCAGGAGCCGCUAAUGGCCAAUGGAAGUCCCAAGCCCAUGGGGGAGGACCUUGGGGGUGGGGCCACCAACAAAAUGCCCAGCAUCCGCUUCAUGGCCCCUUAUACUAGUGCCUAUUCCACAGGUGGUGAGGGAACAAAGGAGUGCAACAUGGAGGAGAUCCCAUUGAGUCAAACAGCAGCAACCACGCCCUCCAGCCAGGGGUCCAAAAGAGAGAUCUACCUGUGAAGAGUGAAGAAAGAGGGAGUGAGGGGUUAUUUAGGGUUCAUCAGGGUCAUCACCAUCAAUCCAAGUGCACACAGGAUUUGCAGCAAGACCAGAACACUGGAACUGCUCAGUCAGUGAUGGGUCAGCUAAUGAGAUCAGUCAGGUUUAAAGUCAUUGAGGUCCUGAAGAGCAAAAGGUCCUAAUUAGGGUCGUUAAAGUCAUUAGGGUUUUUAGAAUCCCUUCCCUCCACCUAAGUGUGCAUGUGAUUUAGACCAGGACUAAAUAUAAAAUUGAGUGUGGUGAAUCAAGUUUGGAGAAUUUUAGGAUAUUUGACGAAAGAAGCUGUAAUUAAUUCUAUUAGUCUUGACCCCAUCCCUUACCCAAAAUCCCCCCCCCCCCCCCCCCCCCCCAAGAAACUAAACAAUCCUUCACCCUGACCUUAAUGUUGACCUGAACACAGCUGGAACAUUGACCCACCUAGCUCCAGAUGUGUUUUUUACCCACAGUCUUCUCUGGAUCUCAGAGGAAACACUACCACCACCAUGCUUCUCUUGUUCUCUCACUUCAGUUCCUGUUCCUGAAUCCAUUUUGUACUGAAGCAGCAUCAGAAGAGGAACUUUGGGAAUACGAAUGAAGGAUCCAUUUUUCAUGCUUUUAACUCUGAUUCAGAAUGUAAACAUUUUUAAUCCACUUUUUGUGAUAAUUAAACAUAUUCUGUAUAGAAACGGUUCAAUCUGAGUUUAGGUUAAAUUACUGAAGUGUAAGUGCACAGAGUGUCUCAUUAAUCAGCUACAGCUAGGGCACUUCGUCUGUCUGUUUAAUACAACUGAAGGACACACACACACACACACACACACACACACACACACACACACACACACACACAACACACACACUUGUACUUCUAUCGUUGUGGGGACUCAUUGAUAUAAUACAUUCCUGAGCCCCUUACCCUAACCCCACCCCUCACCGUAAACUUAACCAUCAUAACUAAAUGCCUAACUCCACCCCUUAACCUAACCUCACCCCUUACCCUGACCUGAACUAUCAUAACUAAAUGCCUAACUCCACCCCUUACCCUAACCCCACCCCUUACCCUAACCUGAACCAUCAUAACUAAAUGCCUAACUCCACCCCUUACCCUAACCCCACCCCUUACCGUAACCUUAACCAUCAUAAAUAAAUGCCUAACUCCACCCCUUACCCUAACCCCACCCCUUACCCUAACCUGAACCAUCAUAACUAAAUGCCUAACUCCACCCCUUAACCUAACCUCACCCCUUACCCUAACCAUCAUAACUAAAUGCCUAACCCCACCCCUUACCCUAACCAUCAUAACUAAAUGCCUAACUCCACCCCUUACCCUAACUCCACCCCUUACCGUAACCUUAACCAUCAUAACUAAAUGCCUAACUCCACCCCUUAUCCUAACUCCACCCCUUACCGUAACCUUAACCAUCAUAACUAAAUGCCUAACUCCAUCCCUUACCCUAACCCCACCCCUUACCCUAACCAUCAUAAUGAAAUGCCUAACUUCACCCCUUACCCCAACCCCACCCCUUACCCUAACCUGAACCAUCAUAAUUAAAUGACUAACUCCACCCCUUACCCCAACCCCACCCCUUACCCUAACCUGAACCAUCAUAACUAAAUGCCUAACUCCACCCCUUACCCUAACCCCACCCCUUACCCUAACCUGAAUCUCAUUCUUACCUGAACCCUAAAGCUGAGGCUGAACCCUCACCUGUGAAGUGAGGACCAGGCAAAAUAUCCUCACUUCCUAAAAAUCUCAGAACUCUUUUGGUAAAAAAUGUAUUCCAGUCCUCAAUAUGUAGCAAGUACACACACACACACACACACACACACACACACACACACACACACACACACACUACGUUUCUUACAAUUGAGAAGAAAAACUCUGAGAUGGAGAGAAAUGCUCCCUCCUGGUGUACAGUGCUGUAAAUAUGCUCUGACUGUGUGUGUGUGUGUGUGUGUGUGUGUGUGUGUGUGUGUGUGUGUGUGUGUGUGUGUGUGAAGCUUGAAGAACGAUGGCUCUUCACCAGAAACGAUGGAUUUUGGAUGAGACCAAAUGCCUGGGGUUCACAGCGAAUGGAAAGCAGCAGGUCGAUGUAAUGCGAUUAGUCAGAACUGAAACAUUGCCACGUCGUCCUGCUGGCUGUGGCGUUGGGGUCACCAUGGAAACCAGGUGGCUCCCAAACACACUUUCCACCACAAACUGUUUCUCUGUGGACAAAUACACAGCCAGCAAGUGUGGGGAUGCAAGAGCUGUCUGAAAACAUUUGUGUGUGUGUGUGUGUGUGUGUGUGUGUGUGUGUGUGUGUGUGUGUGUGUGUGUGUGUUACACCAACACUGACCAUAUUGAAAUUCCUGAUUGGAGGAUAGCAUGUAUGCUUUACACACACACACACACACGCGCACACACACACACACACACCCUCUGUGCUCGAUGCUGUUAUACAGUCAGGAGUUUAUAAUAGAUUCCACUUCCAUUGCACUCAUUGGAAUAUUCAUGAGAUAUUAUCAUAAAACUGGAAUCUGUGAAUAUUUAAUUAAAAGUGAGCUGAUUAUUAGAUUGGGUUCUCAAGGUUCUCUGAGGUUCUCAUGUUUUUUUGUGAUUAAAAUCCUCAUCACACUGUAAGUGAAGUAAAGCUGAAAGCUGGAGAAGGAAUAAGAUGAAGGUGAUCAUGAUGAUGAUGGUGAUGAUGAUUUUAUUUGAUUUAAUUUGAUAAAAUUGUGUGUAUGAUCAUCAUGUUUGUGUCCUGCUGUUCCACUGCACUGUUUUACCCCUUUAUAUUUUUUAUUAUUUACACUUUUUUCAUUAGUUUGAAUCCUGAAGCUCAGAGAAGUUUGAAUCUCACUGAGAUUUCAUCAUCAUCAUCAUAAAACUGUUCACGAGGUUUUCUAAUUUUACCAGAAAUUAAUUUUUUUGUUGUUUUUAUUACACAAUCCUCAGUUUCUUAAACUGUUUAUUAAACACACACGGUCCUGUAUCUCUCACCUCAUACACCACCCAAACACAACUAACAGGGUAAAAACACACACACACACACACACACACACACACACACACACACACACACACACACACACACAC